AUGUUUGCUCUUCGUACCGCCGCUGCCCGCGCCAUCCCCGCCUUGGCCAUGCGCGCUGCUGUCCUCCCCAAGGCCAUCUUCGCCCCUGCCUUCGUCGCCCGUGCCGGAACAGUCUCCGCUGUCCGCGCCUUUUCCAACUCUCCCUUCGCUUGGGACAAGACUGACAAGAACCUUCUCACUGCCAUUGAGAGCGAGAUCAAGCACGAGGAGGAGCAGGGUGACGAGGUACCCGACUAUAUCACCGAGUACUUGAAGACCGGCCCCUUUGAGAUCACCAACAAGGUCGGAUCCGAUGAGGUCACCAUGACCCGCAAGUUCGGCAACGAGGAGAUCAAGAUUGUCUUCUCGGUCUCGGAUAUCAACUCGGCUGACGAUGAGGAGGAGCUCGAUUUGGAGGAUGAUUUGGAGGAGGGCCACCAGGGCAAGGAGUCGCUCUCUGCCUCCGGAGACGACGAGGAGGAGGGCGAUGAUCUGGAGUCGUUGACCUUCCCUGUUCGCUGCUUGAUCACGAUUACCAAGCCCAAUGCUGGAAGUAUCUCGAUCGAUGCUGUUGCUCAGGAUGGCGCCUUUAUUGUCGAGUCGAUCUCGAACAUCAAGGACUCUGCCCUUGCAGCCUCCUCGACUGCUGAGGCUGACUGGGAGAAGCGCGGUUUGUACAGCGGCCCUCCCUUUGCCGAGUUGGAUGAGAACUUGCAGGUUGAGUUUGAGAAGUACUUGGAGGAGCGCCAGAUUGAUAGCAAUCUUGCCAACUUUGUGCCCAGCUAUGUCUUCCACAAGGACCAGGUCGAGUACACCCACUGGCUCAAGGACCUCAAAGCCUUUGUCUCGGCCAAGUAA